AGGAAGGGGGAGUGUAGAAGAGGGACAGAGCAAAGAGAUGAAUAGAAGGCACCAGAACCACCUACCAUGACCAAGUGCGCUGUAAAUGUAGGACAGAAAUUCGAGUGGAAUACAAACGGAUCGUCGGGCGACAUAUUCGAGGGAAAACCAUGUUUGGAUGUGCCUUAUCUGAUUCAAAGCAUUUCAAAUAUGGCACUACAUGCGACCACAGGAACGCAGGGAAACUAUAUUUCCUCCCAAACAUCUCUGGCAUUGUGAAACGGAAAAGAAGAGUGGCUGUAAAAGACAUCUCUGUGCCGUCUUUCUCCGAUUAUCAUCAAUGGUAGGCAUUGCAUAAUUCACCCGUAUCCACCGGAGCCAUUCGGUUCCUCCUCUUUGGAAAGAGGGGGACGCCAGAAAAAAAAAGAAAAAAAAAGAGCGACUUCAUCUAGUGGCUGCCUUCUCGGUGCUGCCUGCAAUUGUUUGGCAAUGCCCUUUUCUCUCUUAGCAAGGACUUGCAGCCAGUAGCGGGGGAACAAGCAGGGGAAGGAUGCAUUUAAGGCUGGAUUUGUGCUGCAUUCAGGGCGAUUCGGCAGUAAUAGCGGCUCUAGCAGAAACAGCGAGUGCGGAGGGCCUGGGAAGUACCCAGCCCCACUAUCUCCCCCUUUUCCUCCCUCCCUGCAGGACCAUGCUUGCGUGAGGGAUGAGGCUGUGCACAGGGACACCAGGCCAGAGCUGCGGCCUACUUCUCGCAAGAGCCGGUCUCUCGACUGCAAGAUCUGUGAACACAUUGCCACCAUCAAAUCAGCAUCUUUGGGCAUCAGGUAGAUCGAGGAGCAUGAGCAGGACUUUGAGCUGCGGGUGCAGAUGUCUGGGUAUAAGCGCAUGCGGCGACAGCACCAGAAGCAGCUGAUCGCCCUGGAGAACAGGCUAAAGGCCGAGAUGGAUGAGCAUAGGCUCCGGCUGCAGAAGGAAUUGGAGACACAUGCGAACAACACUUACAUUGAGCUGGAAAGACUGGCCAAACGCCAUGUUGCUCAAACAGACAAAGAGAUGAAGUCAGUUGCAGCAGAAGAGAGGAGGAUCCAGCAGCAGAUUGUUGCUCAGCAAAAGAAAGAGCUGACUUCUUUCUUAGAAAACCAGAAAAAGGAAUACAGGCUUUGCAAAGACAAGAUCAAGGAAGAGAUGGACAAUGACCCUUGUAUACCCAAGGAGGAAAAGCAGGAGCGUCUGUCGAGGCACAAAGAAACAAUGCAGCGCUCUCAGGCUGAGGAGGAAGCUCACCUGCUGGCCCAGCAGAGGCUGGUGUACGAUCGCAGCUGCAGGGCUCUGAAACGCCGGAGUCUGCUCAGGAAACAUGAGUUUGAACAAGAGCAACUGAGAGAGGAGCUGAACAAGAAGAGGACCCAGAAGGAGAUGGAACAUGCCCUGAUGAUCCGGCAGGAUGAGUCCACCCAGGACCUGGAGCGCAGGCAGCUGCAGAUGCUCCAGAAGCUGCGCAUCGAACUCAUGCGGCUGCAGCACCAGACAGAGCUUGAAAACCAGGAGGAGUACAAUAACCGUCGGCAAAGGGAACUGCACAGAAAACACACUCUGGAGCAACGACAGCAGCCCAGAAACCUCAAGACACUGGAGAUGCAGAUCAAAAAACAGUUUCAGGACACAUGUAAGGUGCAGAAUAAGCAGUACAAGGCUCUUAGGAACCAUCAGCUAGAGGUGUCUCCCAAAGGUGACCAUAAAACCAUCCUGAAGGCCCUGAAAGAGGAGCAGACACGCAAGUUGGCCAUACUGGCUGAGCAGUACGAGAAGAGCAUCAACGAGAUGAUGGCUUCACAAGCGAUGCGAUUAGAAGCGGAGCAGGAAACGGAGUGCCAAGCUCUGAAGCAGCAGCUGAAGCAAGAGAUGGAACUCCUGGACGCUUACCAGAAAAAAACCAAGUCACAGAUGGAGACCCAACAUGAGCGCGAGCAGCAGAAACUUGAGCAGAAGGUCUCCAUACGGAGAGCGCACCUUGAACAGAAGAUUGAGGAGGAACUGGCUGCACUUCAGAAGGAACGUACCGAACGGAUUAAGCACUUGUUGGAACGUCAGGACAGAGAAAUUAAUGCUUUUGACACAGAAAGUAGAAGCCUCGGCUUUGGAAGCCUGGGAUCUAUAGACUUCCCCAAAGAAGACAACAGAUGAAAGUGGAUUUAUCUCUAAAGGACAACAUAUCCGUGCCCUUUUCACGUCCACUUGACCGUUUGUCCCACCCAGGGUGACAAAACUGGAUUACUUUUCAUUGCUCUUAGAUAUUGCAUCUUUGAAUUGGGGUGUUGCGUGCAAUGAGAGCCUCUUUUGUGAAACUUUAAAGGGGGGUGGGGGGGGUGGGGG